ACCAACUGAAAAGCCGUUUUAUUUCAGUCGUUGAACAGGCCAUCAUCCUCGAUGUAGUUAAGGAUAAUCUUGGCAAAAGGUGCAUCGAGGAGAAGUGUAAUGACAGCGCUUUACAUCUUUAUUUCUUCCAUGUAAUAUGAAUCUGCGGUUAACACUGUGAAUAGAAGAUAAUAUUGAACCAUCAUCGCUUCAGAUUUACAAGUGAAAUUAAGGAAAGUGAGAACCACAAUGAUUGCUUUCAAGUUACUCGUCAUUUCUGCGAUUUGGGGUGCGAUUGCAGCCUGGUCCAGUUAUCGAGCAGCAGCUCUUUCACAUGAGAGGGGAUGGGGAUCAUUAUGGUUUGGAUUCCUCGCUGUUGCUACAUGCAGUGUCUCUCUCCUGUUCUUGUGGAUAAUCACCCUUCGUCCAUCUCCCCAGCAGGGAGUUCUGUCGGUCCUGCGCCAAGUUUACUAUGCUGGUACUUCUUACAUCAGAGGAAAGUAUCACCUCUGGCAACUUAAGGCAGCAUGGGAGAACCCUCACUGUGCUCAGGAACUGUUUUUGUUGAGAGUUCUCCAGGAAAAUGGGGACACCGACUACGGAAGGAGGUUCAAUCUCAAGAAAUUCCGGAGCGUAGAAGAGUUCCAAAAACGUCAUCCGUUGACGACCUAUGAAGAUUACAAACCUUUUGUUGAGCGUGUGAUGGCUGGAGAGCGUAAUGUUAUGACCGAUGUGUUUCCGAAGGCAUUUAACAGAACAUCUGGUACAACAGGUCCUUCGAAGUAUUUACCACAGAAAAAUCACAGGUAUAGCGCUACAAGGAUGUUUGAUAUCACCUAUACUAAUCUAUACAAUCUAUGUCCACGUCUGAGGAUACUUCAAAAGAAGUUAUUUCACUACGUCCAGCCAGAAAUGCCAAUAACUGAAGGUGGAGGAAGCAUCACGAUCGCUGUGUCAGUUUACGAGGAAGAUGGUCUGAUAGAAGCCUGCCAUACUACACCGCCAGAGGGUUUUUGCAUCCGAUCCAUGAAAGAGGCAAAUUAUGUUCAUGUUCUUUUUGCUCUCCUGGACCCAAACCUGGGUGUGAUCGGUAGCGUGUUUUUAAUUUCAAUCAACUCAAUGAUGAAACAGCUGGAGAACUGCUGGAAAGACAUCAUCUACGAUAUAGAGCAUGGAACAAUCAAUGAGAAGAUGAGGUUCAAUGAUGUUCGCAUCAGGUCAGCAUUGGAAAAGGCUCUUGGUAAUGGUCAGCCGAAGAGGGCGGGCGAGCUUCGACGUCAGUUCAUGAAAGGAUUUGGUGGUAUUAUGAGGAGGGUAUGGCCGAACCUAGAGACGUUAUUUGCCAUAGAUAACACUGGAAUUUGGCCGCUUUUCAAGGCUAAAUAUGCUGAAGGUAUAACAUUAGUGAACUUUGGAUACGGAAACUCAGAGGGGAUGGUUCACGCAUUUUCUCCUUGGUAUUAUGAGGAUAACAGAAGCAUGAUUCUCUUCCCCAACUUCGCCUUCUACGAGUUCAUCAGACUUGAAGAUUCGAAAGAAAGUCAGCCUGAAACUCUUCUCAUAGAUGAAUUGGAGGUCGGGCAAGAGUACGAGAUCGUCCUCACCCAAGAUAGCGGACUCUAUAGAUACCGGAUUGGAGAUGUCGUACGGAUAACCGGAUAUCACUACAACUGUCCUACAUUCGAAUUCAUGUACCGACUAGGUUUGAUCCUGAAUUUGUAUUAUGAGAAGAUGAACCAGGUUGUCCUGAGAGAAGGACUCCAGUCAGCCGUGGGUCAGCUGAAUGGUGUCAUUCUAAUCGACUAUGCAGUAGCCGAGAGCACUCUUAUUCCAAAAACAUCACCAGCAUCCGAAGAGAGUGAAGACAUGCCGUAUUAUGUGAUGUUCUUAGAAUUAAGCAAGAAAGGAAACACGAGUGAAAACGACGAGACCGAAUUUACGAGUGUUGAUGAGAUCAGUGCUUUGGUCGAUGAAGAGCUGUGUGCACGUAACAGUGAUUACUAUGACCUACGGAGGGGAGACGCCAUAUCACUUCCACAGGUUUACAUCGUAAAAGCGGGAACAUUUGACGAUUUGAAACAAUACGUAGUGGAAAAUACCAACGCUUCAGCUAAUCAAUACAAAGUGCCACGGAGAAUUCGCAAUGUCGACACCCUUAACUUUAUGUUUGGAAAUGCACUGUAAAUCAUGUGCAAAGAGGU